CCGACGGCCACCGUCAACCCGCGCACGAAGACGCCCGACGACGUCAACAUCCGGGCUAGUAACGGCGUCGAGAGCAAGAAGGUGAGCGACGACGCCGACAGAGAUCUCGAUCAAAUCGCAGAAGGUCGCGAGAGCCAGCCGACGGCGCCAGAAGGCAGCACUGCAGCGCGACCGGAUGCCGAAGAGGAAGUCGACAUUGACCUCGAUGACCCGAACGUCGAGGCCGCGGCGCAGCAGAUACAAGGAGCUUUCCGUCGCUACCAGAAGUCAAAGGCGACUGUCGACGAGCCAGCGCCACCAUCUCCGAUGCCAGCAGCCUCGACGAGAGAGGAACAGGAAGAGGUGGACAUCGAUCUAACAGAUCCGGAAGUCGAGAAGGCGGCGACGAAAAUACAGGGCGCCUUUCGGCGGCAUACGAAAGCCAAAGGUGAGGAUUCUGCUGCCAAGGCUGUGCAGCCUGAAGCACCGCAAGCUGAAGCUCGGAAAGAGGAGGAAGAAGAAGAGAUAGACAUUGAUUUAAAUGAUCCUGAGGUUGAGAAGGCUGCUACAAAAAUACAAGGUGCGUUCAGACGCCACAAACAGCCAGCUCCGGUAGCAGCGGAGCAGCAGACGACGCCCGCUGCAGAGACAACAAAGUCUAACGAGGAAGAGGAAAUAGACAUUGAUCUGAACGAUCCGGAGGUCGAACAGGCGGCUACCAAGAUACAGGGUGCCUUUAGGCGUCACACGAAGGCGAAGGAUGGCGAGUCAGAAAAGCCCAAAGAGGCAGAGACUCAAAUAAUAGACGCAGCCGAAAAAGACGACAUGCCAGCUGCUAAGAAAUCAGCCGAAGAAGAAGAAAUCGACAUUGACCUUAAAGACCCGGAAGUAGGAAAGGCAGCAUCUACAAUUCAGGGAGUGUUUAGACGCAGGAAGCCUAAGGCUGCCAAACCAGCUGCGCCCGCAAUAGACCAGCAGGACAAGGUGCCAUCAAUGGAAGACGCUGGAGCAUCUAGUAAGAAACUACAAUCACCUGAGAAUGUGAGAGCAUCUAGUAAGAAGCUACAGUCAUCUGAGGAUGUGAGAGCAUCUAGUAAGAAGCUACAGUCAUCUGAGGAUGUGAGAGCAUCUAGUAAGAAGCUACAGUCAUCUGAGGAUGUGAGAGCAUCUAGUAAGAAGCUACAGUCAUCUGAGGAUGUAGGAGCUUCUACGCAGAAGCUAAGAAAAUCGUCGCUAAAAGCAGGUGAUUCCGCUGCAGAUGGCAGUGACGCAAAGGCAGCCACUGCAGACGUGACGCAGCAGCAGCAGAAUGCUGGCGGUGAGGAGGAGGAAAUAGACAUUGAUCUCACCGAUCCAGAGGUUGCGCAGGCGGCCACGAAAAUACAAGGCGUAUUUAGGCGGCAUCAGAAAAAAACGCCAAAAGUAGAACUAAAGCCAGACGAACCAAAUCCGGACGGGCUGAAAGAACCGGCAGAGCUGAAACCCCCGGAAGUUGAGACAGGCCGGACGCCGGAGGAUGGCGCUGAGGCAGAGAUUGACAUUGACCUCAAUGACCCCGAAGUAGCCGUAGCCGCAAACAAGAUCCAGAAGUCCUAUCGUAACUUUCAGAGUAAGAAGCAGCCCAAGGUCGCACAGGCGACGGCAGACGGCUUGGAUCAGGUCCUAUCGGAUCCCGAGGCCGUAAAGGCGAUCGGAAAAAUACAGGAGUCGCUGAAGGACGUCACGUUGAUAAGUCCACAGCGCGCCAACAGGUACCUUCCCGCCGCCGACGAGGCACAGAAGGAGACGGUUACCAUGGCGACGACGACGCGGGAUGGAGAAGAGGAGAUAGACAUCGAUUUGACUGAUCCGGACGUGGCGAAGGCAGCCACGAAAAUACAGUCAUCGUUUCGCGGCCACCUGGCAAAGAAGAAGGUGGCAAGCUAAGCAGCGACGGCGACGAUGACGAUAACAGCCUCGGGUAGAGUGGCGCCAUCUAUGGGGAGCAGCUGCAGCGGUGACGGCGACAGCAGGAGCGUGCUGGCAGCAACGACAAUAACGGUAACGGCGAAUGCAAUCUGACGAAUUAUUCUCAACGUUCUUUCAAAGAAAGAUUUAUCACGUUUCUCAUAAUACGAAUAUUAUAAAGAUUUUAUAAUCAAAAAAACGCAAUUCUUAAAAGUUUACGAAAAUGGAAUGAGAAGAAGUGAGUGAAAGUGCCUGACUUUAGUCGCGGACGUUAGAUGAAUUUUCGAGGCGAGCUCUUGCUCUCCAUAGAUUGUAUAUAAACGUUAGUUAGACAAUUUUUCUCACGCGGACUUAAUUGGAGGCGUCGUCUACGCGGGUUACUUCCAUCUCUCAUCGUCUCUGUGUUUUUUUUGCGCGGUAAUGCCUCUCUUAUGUAAUACUAACGAUGAUGUGUCGUUCAGCUCACGCCUCUAGGGCGGGAGCAGUACCCUAACAAACACACACACACACACACACA